GUGAGGGAAAUCGCUGCUCAGGAGCUGCCCCCACGACCUGCCGUUUUUACCAGGAGCUGGAUGCCAUACUUGGGUGUGAUCCCACUGCCAAUCCUAGGAGCACAAUGGAGAGUUCAGAGCAGGGAGAAGUGGGGGAGGUUGUAGAGGACAGCGACAGUGAGGCUACCGGCGUGGAGGGAGACACCCCGGAGUCCCAGUACACAUGCAGCCAGGAGCUCUUCUCAAGCCAGGAGGAGGCUAGCCAGUUGCAGCAGCUGGAAGUUGAUGGUGAGGAAGAAACUGAGGAUCGUGCUCGGGUGACCUUGACUACUGCAGCCGGAUCACCGGCCUCACGUAGGUUGCAGAACUUGAGACGGAAUCCUAGAAAAUCUAAAGAGGAAUUGAUCAAAUCUGUUAUGAGCCACUACAACAGAGAAAGUAGGAAGACACAGGAAUGGAGAGAGAAGAUGUAUGAAUGGAGACAGAGUGUACAUGAAUGGAGGCAAACAGAAAGCAGGAGAAAGGAAUUGUCUGCCAAGAAAACCACAAAGCAGAUGAUAAGCCUCCUGGCUCGCCAAACUGAGUCUUUCGAGUCUCUUGUAGCCAUGCAGACAAAUAUGUACCAUUGUAACCCACAGCCCUCCCAAAGCCCUCUUCCUUGUUCCCCAGUAUUUCCACAAAACAACUUUCUCCAGCAGCCAGUUCCUUAUUAUCCCCAGCUGCCCCCAACACCUGUACAAUCACCUACCAGCCCUGAUAACUAUAAUUCUUACCCUGUUCACUCCACUCCCAUUAUUCUGCAGCAUAGUAAUCCUGAAGUGCAGCAGACAUUGAAUAGUGAUCAAAAUAGGACAUAUUCAAACCUGUGAAUGUACAGUCCACCACCCCAACCCCCUUGCCUGUUAUGUACUGUAUGUUGAAUAAAGGUUUUUUUUCUUUUUCACUACGUUA